AUGAUUGACUACAUCCUAAAGUUCGUCCAGCAGCUGGCUGGAGCAGUGGAUGUUCCGGGCACCGACUGGAAGAAAGUCAUUGGCACAAUUCUGGGCGCUCAUUUUGCCUUUGAGACUGUCAUGAAUUUGCGUCAGUUGAGUGUUCUCAAGCGUACUCAGCGCCCUGAAGUUGUCAAGACGUUCGUCGAUCAGGACACCUACGACAAAACUCAGGCUUAUGGUCGCGCCAAAUUGCAGGUCUCGAUUGUCCAAGGCGUCUAUGAUUUGGCUAUGACUUAUGCUGUUUACAAGUACGGCGGUCUGCCUCGUAUGUGGGGUUGGGCACAGAAGGCAGUUAGCUGGCUUGGCUGGUCCCGCUUUUCUGGCCCCAUUGCCCAGAGUGUAGCCUUUUUUGCUAUCCAAACUCCGUUGACGCAAUUAAUUGCUGCUCCCUUCUCGCUGUAUAAUACAUUUGUUCUUGAGGAGAAGUUUGGUUUCAACAAAAUGACCCUUGGCCUUUGGAUUACUGACAUGGUCAAGACUUUGGGUCUCUCUGUCGCCCUUGGCGGCCCGAUUAUGGCCGCUUUGCUCAAAAUUAUCGAUUACUUUGGCGAUGUAUUCUUUGUUUAUGCUACUCUCUUUGUUCUCGGCCUCAAUCUCGUCAUGAUGGUUGUCUACCCCCUGUUCAUUGACCCUAUUUUCAACAAAAACACUCCCCUCGAGGAGGGAGAGCUUCGCACGGCUAUCAACAAGCUUGCUGGUGAUCUCAAAUUCCCUCUUGGUGAAGUUUAUGUUCAGGAUAGCUCUCGUCGCUCUGCCCACUCCAAUGCCUAUUUCACAGGGUUGCCCUGGUUCAAGCGAAUUGUCAUUUUCGACAACUUGAUCGAGAAUUCGAGUGUUGAGGAAGUUGUUGCUGUCUUAGCUCACGAACUUGGUCAUUGGAAGCGCAGCCAUAUUCCUCGUUUGUUGACUAUGAACCUUUCCAUCGUUCUCGCCACCUUUGGGCUGUUCUCUGCGUUCGCUAAAAACGCUUCUUUGUACCGCUCUUUGGGUUUCGCUCCAGGAACCAUGCCUAUAAUUGUUGGGUUCAUUGUCUUUAGUGAUCUGCUCAAACCUGUUGAGGCGCCCAUCAAUUUUAUUCAGUCCUACAUUACUCGCAUGUACGAGUAUGAGGCGGAUAGAUUCGCUGUCGAUCUCGGCUACGGUGGCAAGCUUGCUUCUGCUUUGACCACAAUGAUGAAAAAGGAUUUGGCCACUGUCAACGCUGAUUGGUUGUAUUCUACAUAUCACUACAGCCAUCCCAUUCUUCCCGAGCGUUUGCGGGCUAUCUACGAUGCUGAUCCCUCUGCGAAGCCUAAAACUGAGUGA